UUCCAGUGCCAAGGGCUGAUGAUUCUCGAUUGCGUUUAUCUACAACACCAGCAAACACGGGCGGCCAGGAAUUGUGCGAGAAGUGCAGUGGCGGAAUACGUGGAUUGUGCAAAUAGUAACGGCGGUUGUGUGACAAGAAAGCAGCAAACAAUUCAACAACACCAGUCACUGUUUUCAUCCCUUUUUUUGUCUGAUUGUGCUUCGAGUGACGGAAAUCCGUCACGGGCACGACCGUGUGUGAAAUUCGAUCGUCAUUCCAGUACCCGUGCUGUUAUCGUUUGUGUGCGAGUGUAACCGUGUGUGUGAGCGCGAGUGUUUUGUAUCGGCCACAGCACCAGCAGCAGCAGCAAGUGUGUUUUGCCCCAACGAUAUCAUCGCAUUGGGUGCGUGCGUACACAACUGUACAUAAAAGGGGUUGGCAAACAGGGGGAGGGCGGACGGUGCAGCGCUAACGGUGAUAAUCGAAGCAACAGUAACAUCCUCCCGCAACACCCCCGGGUACAUCUCGUACCCACGCCGCUUCGCUUCUCUACUACACCCUCGACAGGCUGCGGUGAUUAUCAUCGGCCGCGGAAAGGAAAGCCCAGUUCCGUUCGGCCCCACCUUACGGUCGGUGCUCUAUCCGUAGUAUCUACAGCGGUAUCUCUUUCUCUGCGUUAUUAUUCUACCGAUUUCAUUCAACGAUCAAUCUUGUGACAGUAUUAUUUUGAAAGUAUACAACAAUUGUGCAUAGUGUUUAAAGUGUGUGUGUGUGUGUUUAGCGUUUUAAGUAAAGUGUGUGUUUUUUGUGUGUGAAAAGAUUUCAGUCUGCUUUUGGAGCGUUGUGAUUCCGAUUGGUUGUGCACUGUCAGGAGCUGCUGUAACUGUUCGGAAGGGAAGAAGCCUUCCUUUGGUCAGCUGCUAUUACUACUACGACAUAGAUUACUACUACCACUGCCUCCUCACCAGUGUGUGCCUGUUUUCCGCGCGCGAUGGAUCCAUUAGAGCAGGCGCGGCUUUUUCUCGACUGCUUCCAAACAACCGCCAACCCGGACGAUCCCCUACCCGCGUGGGUGCCGAUCUACCACCUGAAGCAGGACGAAAUCGAGCCCGCCAUCAUCGAUUGGAUUAAAACGUAUUUGGAUCAGUUUGGUUGUCCGCAGUGCAUCUUGCCGCUAAUAAUACGCACAGUUUUGGAAGAGGUGCUGAGCAAUUGCAAAGAAAAUCCCAAAUCUUGCGGGUUAAACGGUCAGGAGUAUAACACGCUCCAGCUGAACCAUGAAGUGAUUUUACGCGUAAAUCAAACCUGCCUCGGACUGCUGGACAAUGCGAAGCUGAACAAUCUGCUCUCCCAGCUGGGCACGGAUCAGCCGGAUGGAGCGGCUGGCGGGGGCGCCAUCGCCCCCGGGCCAAAGGUUCACUUUUCGCGAGGACUAAAGCAUCGCCGGCGCACGAUGGAGGACCGGCACGUGUGUCUGCCCGACUUUAACACGCUGUUCCGCACGAAGGACACGGAACCGACCGCCUUUUACGGUGUGUACGAUGGGCACGGUGGCCAGGAGGCGGCCAGCUUUGCGGCCUCCUACCUGCACUACUACAUUGCCCAGAGCGAACACUAUCCGCACGACAUGGAGCAAGCGUUCCGGGAUGGGUUCCUCAAGACUGAUCAAUUGUUUUUGGAAAAGUGUGAAAACCAUCACCUAAAUAGUGGAUCCACGGCCGUUGCCUGUGUACAUCAUACGCGUUCGCAGCGGAUCGAUGUAGCUUGGGUUGGCGAUUCCCAAGCCAUUCUCGUGAGACGAAAUCCGGGCGAAGGGGUUUACAAGCCGAUCGUCCAUCCUACCCAUGUAGCGUCCGAUCCGGACGAGCGGGAACGUAUUGAUCGGGAGGGAGGAUGCGUAAUUCCCUGGAAUGGUCAGUUUCGUGUUAGUGGACAGCUGGCCAUUACCCGAGCGAUUGGCAACCGUUUCUACAAACCCUACGUGACGGCAAACCCGGCAGUAUCCUUAAAUCAGUGCACGGAAGAUGAUCUUUUGCUUAUAUUAGCUAGUGAUGGUUUGUGGGAAGGAUACAACGAAUAUUUAACGUCCAUGUUUGUGCUGUACGCGAUUCGAAAGUUUCCCGAUGAUCCACAGAAAGUAACUGAUUGCUUAAUAUCCUUUGCUAAGCAUAAAACUAGAGACAAUAUCACAGUGAUAAUAGUGUUCCUUAAGGAUCCGCAGACCAUCAUAAAGGAGACACCGUUUAUAGAACAGAUAGAGGCUAAGGCAAGACUGCGUUCCAGCCAAAACAUGGAGAUUAACGAAGCCGCCAGUAAUGGCUUUCUGGCUGAGAACAACGCCAUCGGUAUGGAGGAUCAUAAAACGUACGACGAUAUACAAAACUUCAUGGUAGAAAGUGCAAUGCUGGAACCAAAGUCUGCCGCCUCCACGCUGUGCGUCGGUCCGAUGGACGACAUGGGCUUCCUCUCAGACGGAGGCCUCGGCCCAGAGACGGACGUGGACGGUGUGCACGAUAGCAAGCAGCAAUCGCCCAGCCCGCUGCUAGAGGAAGCCGUCAAGUCCGCGGAGCUGCUGGACAAUGGUGAUAUGAUGGAGCACGAGACGGCUCACGCGGCGGACAGCGGUGCAGAAGAGCCACAGCACCAUCACAAUCCGUUCGCUCAGUCACUAAACGUACCGCUCGAUCUGGCGCCAAGUAUGGGUAUGGGCGAGGCGGCAAACACGACCGACUACGAGGAGGAAGAGCCCACAUCACCAUCCAGCCUCAGUGCCGCCGAUCCGCCGGUGGAUCUGUCCGAGGAGGACCAGCUGGUGCACGCCGUCCCGCACGUCAACGGUAACGGUGAGCAUCAUCAUUACGAUGAGCUGACCGAAACCAUCGGGGACGAGUUGGUGGGUGGUGGUGAUGGGGGCGAUGGUGCGUCGGAAAAGCUGGAUGCAGCAGAAAUCGUGCCUGCCCUGAAGGCGGAGCUGAAUGCGGAUGAACUAGUUCCUCUCAAAACGAUUGACGAACCAAUCGUUAACGAUCUGCUCGGUGCGGAUGCAAUCGUCGACAACAAACUGAUCGAUCAGCUUGAUUCGUUCGGCAUUCCGGAGGCGAUACGGCGACAGCUGAUCGAGCAGCAGCAGGUGUCCGGCGGUGCAGCGAUGCUCCACGAGCACGACGAAGACGACGACGAUGGUCAGCUGAUGAUGGGCGAGGAGAAGCAGUCCGACUACGACGGCGCGGAUGAUGGUGCGGAGAAGGAGGAUCUGCAUCACGAGAAGGUGUUCGAUAGUGAUUAUGGCACUGAUCGUCAUAGUGCAGACGUCAAACAGGAUGAUGAUGCCGGUUGCUGCGAAGACUCCGAAGAAGACGAAUGGGACUACGUGAAGGUGAACAGCGAAGAGCAACAGCAGCAGCAACAACACGAACAAGAAUCGCAGCCAGCGCCUGAAAAGCAGCCGGAAGAAAGCACGCCUUCGGACGAAAAUACACUCCCGGUUGAGUACAGCAGCAGCAUCAACAGUUUUGCACCCGAAGAGCCACCUCAGCAGGAAAACGACGUGCUGCAGCAGCAGCAGCCAGUCCAAGAAGUAGAGCAGCAACAUUUCGAAGAACAGCACCAGCAGCAGCAGGAAGAGGAGGUGGAAGUGAACUGUGAGAAGGAGGAGCAGCAGCAAGUGGAGCAAACGCCGGCCCAGGAGAGCAACGAGCAAGAAGAAGACGGUGCGGCGGAGGGUCUUGUGGUGGCAGAACAUCACGACGAGGUAGCGGCUGUGCCGAAUACGAACGAACCGGCGGCGGCGGUGGCAGAUAUUCUUGGCGACUACGCGGCGGAAUCGACCGUGUCGGAGAGUGCGAACGAAGUUGAUGAUGUCAUCAGCAGCACUGGCGGCGAAACCAAGGAAGUUGUCAAUUUGCUGAACGAUUUCAACGAGGACGUUCUACCGCCAGCAGCAGACGCGCCGGUGUGCGAUACCAACAGCGAAACGGUAAACGAAGAAGAAACAUCCGAACCGGUAGUGCCUGCGUACGACCUGCCCAGUGAUAGUGUAAACAUGGAGGCUAGCAUGUACGGUGGAUCUGUUGGCGAUCAACCACACUCGCCCGAGACGCCAAUGUCUCCAGUAGAGAAUUUCCCGGCGCAGCAGCAGCAACAACAAUACAGCCACGAAAAGGAUAUGUUCGGUUCGGGCAUGGACGAUACCAUGAGCCCUACGACCGAUGGAGAAGAGCUGAACGAAAAGCACCUGUACGAAACAGAGGAGAAGUCGAUGAAUCUGUUACAGCAGCAGCAGCAGCAGCAGGAUGGCAGUGGCGGAGGUGAUUAUGGUUGGUCAUUGAAUCCCGAAGCCAAGGAAUUCGUACCAGUAACCGGAUCGGUCGGCGGUGGCGGCGCUGAGAUCAAUCCAAAGAUGCACGAACUGCGUGAAGACGCGAUCGUUGCGCAAAGUCCACGCAAGGGCACGAUGUCAUCCAUGGAAGAUCUGGACGUACCGGCCGAAACCGACUUCCAAACCGAGAUGGACAAGAGACCGCACGAGUUCGAGGAGUACGGUGGGGAAAAUGGAGAGAAUGGUGGUGCGGACGAGAGUGGUGCCGGAGAGUCGCACCUGCGCUCCCCGCUGACGGUUCACCCGUUCGAUUUGAGCGAGUUUAACGAACAAACUGUGGUGGAGCAGCAGCUGCUGGCUGGGUCGGGUGACAUGGCGAACGGUGUCGGUGAUUACGAAAAUGCUGGUGCCGAUCUGCUGGCGCAGCCUACAGUUGCCGAUGCGGAUGCCGAGAUGGAACUGCUGAACAAGGUGCAGGAACUGCCGGACGACGAGGAAGAAAAGCCCCAGGAACCGUUGGUUGACGCGCAGGAGGUGGCACCGGUUCAGGCACAGUACGCGCACGAAGAGUUUGAUCAGCUGGUUAAGCCGGAAGAAACUUACAGCGCCAAGGAGGAGCUGUCGGUGGAGCAGAAAGAAACGGUGGACAUUUCGCCGUCGUCCGUCGAUCUGGCGCACCAGAUGGAUAACCUUAUGCUGGAGGGCGGAGAGAUGUACCAUGGGCGCGUGGAAGACUACCCCGCCGAUCAGGUGCCGAGAGGCGCGAGUUCGGACAUUUCGCAGAGUCCCGAGUUCAAGAUGCUGCAAUCAUCGAUCGAGCAGCAGUUGGGCAAAACGUCCGGCAGCAGCAGCCCGUUCGCGGGUGGAGAGUCAGAGCUAGCCGCUUACCACAAGGAGGCAUCUGCGCUGGAAGCUUCUGUCUACGAUCCGGAGCCAGGGCUGCUUUCCUCCCAGGAGCCGGCCGCUAGCGUCGACAGCAGCGAACCGCAGGCAUCGCAGAACUAUAUGGAUCUGAUGGGCGGCGCACCUGACCAGAAGGCUGACCCAGAGCCGAUGGUGGAAGCUGCGAAACCCCAAGAGACCGCUGAACUGCCCGCGGAACCAGAACAACCGAUUGCAAGCGACGAUAAGAAGGCCGAAGAACCGCAGGUAGUCGAAGUGGAAAAGGAAUCGGCAGAUGUAGCGGGUACUGCUGUAGCGGCCGCUGCUGCUGCGGCCACCGUUGCAGUUGCAGCUGCGGCAGCCACUGCAGCGGCUACCAGCAAGCCGACCGCCAAGCCAAAGGCACCCUCAACGACCGCGGCGAAGAAAACGACAGCAUCCGCUAAACCAUCAGCCUCCGCAGCCGUGUCCAAGGACAGUGCUGCGACCAAGAGCGCAGCGACACGCGUUGGCAGCAGCAGCACCACUACUGCCGCUCGCAAGCCACUCGCGAAAGCACCUACCUCGUCUAGCGGACCGGCAGCAGCGCGUACUACGACCGGCAAACCAUCCACAGACGCGGCAAAGGCUGCGCCAGCGACCAAAACCACAGCAUCGUCGGUGGCGGCCGCACGAACCAAGGCCGCUUCCGCCACGAGCACAACGAAAACCGCCACUUCUGCAUCGAGCACAACGAAAGCGGCCAGCGCUAGUUCAGUGACGAGAACUGCCGCACCCAAACCGACUACAGGAAGUGCUGGUGCAGCCCCAAAACCAAGCUCGCGUUUGUCGACUGCCAGCAGCACCACCACACGCACCGUCACCUCGCGACCCUCGAGCGCCGUAUCGAGUGCAUCAGUUCCUUCGAAGACAAGUACCACCACAACGACUACAGCAAAGAGAACCGUUGCAGCUAAGAGCUCGCUAACGAACGGAACUUCCGCGACUGAUGGCGCCGCUACCAGAACGACCAAGACUACCACAAGCAGCACAGUUCCGCGGACGGGAGCCGCCACCAGAACCAGCGCCACUGCUGGUAGUGGUUUGGCCGGCAAAACGAGCAGUAGCAGCACCACCGCUGCCGCCAAGAAGCCGUUGCUUGACGCUAAAACCACAGCCUCGAAGACAGCGUCGUCCUCCACAGCCGCUGGCAGAACGACGACGACCACGCGCACCUCGCUCGCACCGAAGGCUGCCACCGCCGGGGCGACCUCGCCCUCAGUGCGAAAGGUGCAGCAGAACGGUGUGGCGGCCAAGAAGUCGACCACCAGUGCCGUUUCCCCAGCGCCGGGCACUAAGAAACCGGCGCCAAUCACGAGACCCAAGGGAACAGCAACGACGGCGGCAGCCGCUCCUGCUGCCGCCAAGACGAACGGUGUCGUCGGUACCGUGACAGAAGCAGCAGUGCCGGUCGAUGCAGCACCAGUAGCUGUCACCUCUCCACCGGUACAGCCGGAACAGCAGCUGCCCGCUGACCAAUUGCUCGUGCCUGUUCCGCAAGCAAUGUGAUGUCACUAAUCGGGGAAAAUAGCCGGAGAGAUAGAGAGAGAGAGAGAGAGAGAGGGCACUGCAGUGGGAUGGGAUGGGAUGGGAGAGACCUAAUGCUCCCCCUCCAACUCCCCCCACACCCGAAUGGUCGUAAUACACCAUAAUCGCAUAUUCCUAUUGUUUAACCGUGUUUUUAGUUAGUGAUGAAGGCACGCAGCCAAAAUGCAUGGGAAGAGAAUGGGACGAAAGUCGAACAAAUGGUCAACCAACAACCAGACUUUCUUCUUGCUUUCGUUCUCGGGCAAAUCUUGCUAAAAGUAUCGAACCAUACAAUUAUUCGUCUAGGUGUGUGUAUGUGCGUGUGUGAGUUUGUGUCGUCACGCAAAAUAGCCCCCCCCCCUCGCCUCCUACAAUCCAAGCAACCAUUGAGCAGAUCUAGUAAUAGUAGUGCAACCGUUCUUCUCACAAGUGUAGUGUGUGGUACGUGUUCUGCAUGUUUCCACGUUUGAACAGUUAUUUAGAGCUACAGUCUGUAGAAGUUCGUGCGUGCAUGCACUUUAACAAAUUUCAAACACAACUGACCCUUCAGGAUCGCAAUUCGUCGGAGAGAGAGAGAAAGGCGGAUAAUUGUGGUAGGCUUUGGCUAUUUUGCGAGAACCAUUAGACCCGGAUUAAACGCACGCGUGUUAGAACGAACGCAUACGAUACGAAACGAAAUUAGAGAGAAAGAGAGAGAGAAGACGAUGAAAAGGACGAUAAAACACACAAUGCUGAAUUCCCUUCGAUAUAAUUAUCUAGCGUCAUCCCACUCACCCCCUCCCCCUCCCAUACUACCUAUAUACCUACAAGUUUAGCGAAUAGGAGUAUAUCUUUUUGUUUUAUGCCAAGCAUGAUGAUUAGUAGUUAUAACAUAUUUACGUUUCAAUUGCGCAGUGGCGUCUUCUGGCCUUUAGUAUGAGCGUACGCCGAGAGAAGGAGAAACAUCAACACCACACAACGAUUUAGCUAUUAACCAGCGUGCGACGUACGUUUUUUGUUUGUUUCGCAAUCUCCAAUCAAUUUGUUGUUGAUGGUAGCUUUGUUUAGAAAAGGAAAAUUAAUGCUUGUUAAAAACUGCAUUCAGAGCAAGGAAAGGGGGAUAGUAAUAGCAGGCUGCAACAUCCCAUCCAUUCUCGGGCGCACUGAAUUCACAGUGAAUUUAAUCUCUCGCUUUAUACACGCACCGCGUGUGCGCGCGCGCACUCGCUCACUCCAUUUUACGCCACUUUGCAGCUACUUACUGCGCCGCACCACGCCACCAUCACCGAUGGUGGAUGAUUGCUUACUCCUGUUUGUCGAGAGCCCAUGCUUAUGUCCAGUGAAUUGUUUUUUUUCUUUCCUUUUUUAAUGAUUCCUUUUAAUUUGUCAACGAUUUGAGCUUUUCUUCUGCUGCCAGUGGAUACACCCUGGUGUCUGCUUUAAAAUGGUUUUUUUCAAUUCAAAAUUAGAGCUUAUACAUACACCCAGAGCUUUUUAGCGAUACAACAGAUAACAGACAGCUAAGCAUAAGGCCGUUGUUGUUGCGUUCUUGUUUUGUUUUUGUCAUUUCCUUCUUUUUCCCCCUUUUCAAGCUCUCUAGCCUUGCGUGCGCGUGCGCGCGCGCGUUCUUUUGCCUUUUUUCGAGAUAGCUUUCAACUCGCUUAUAUGCACAUUGAACGUUUAUUGAUUAAUUAGUAGGAAAUGGAAUGAAAUGUUUAAUAACAACAACAGCAACAACAAAGAACUAUAAUUCGAACGUAGCAGGGGAUGGCAGUGAAAAGAUAAAAAUGGAAUUAAUUUAUGUGGCUACUCUAACAGGGCGCGCGAAGAGAGUGUGUAUGUGCAUGUGUGUGUGUGUUAAUCGAAUAUUUUAACUCAUCAAAAAUCCCGUAGCGGCCCCUCCCCUGCGUAUAGUAGUGUUAAAUAAAAAAUAGUGUAACCGUUAAUUGUAGCCUUUUCCUUAGCGUUCUCGUGAAUUAUUAGAGCCCGAAUUAAUACACACAGCUCUUGCGCACACUUCACCGCUCCAUCAUACACAACACAACACGGAAAGGCGAAAUUUUGCUCUCGCUAGCAGCAAACCUCCAAAACAACGUUUCCUUUUGCCGUUGCGCAGCGUUGGACGAAAAGGCAAAAGGAAGUGCGAAACUAUUUAGGUAGCUUUUGAACAAAAACCAAAAACGAACAAAACUAAUUGGCACAGAACAAACUGUGUUCGGUUGCAGCUUACUGCUACUGUUAGCGGAGCGGAGUGGGAAAGUGUUGAAGUUGAAGGAAGGAAUAUAAAUGCAAAAGGUGAAAAUCUCGACGAAAUAAAGUACCAGCUUACGGAUGAAAACGCAAUGAAAAUGGGGAGAAUGUGAAUUGCUAAAGGAAUUGGCUUACAUUUUAAGUUACACACAGCGCACAGUGAAGGAAUUGAGACAGUCCAGAAAGGACCAAGCCAGGCGAGUUAUGCGAAAUGAAGAUAACAGUCUGUGGUGUAGUGGUGGUGAAAGAAAAGGGCGAAAAGAUGAGAUAAUCAAAAUGAGCAUGAACAUUUUCAUCAUACUUACUUAUUAUAUUAGACACACAACACAUACAGACACACACACACGCGAACGCGGUUCAUGAUAGCAGGGGUUGGAGAGGCGCAGAAAAGUAUAUUUAAAAAAAAUAAACAUUUAUCAAACCAAUCAUAAAAAUCAUAAAUAUCAUACCUUAAACCUAGCAAAGGCAAAAGAAAGCAGGAUUACACACAUAGAGGAAGAGAGAGAGAGAGAGUGAGAGAGAGAAAUAGAUCACAGCCACGAACAAAUACGAUAAUUGCAAAACACGUGCUGAAUUAAAAGUUUUUGAAGCAGAAACAGCACUGGGACCGGAAAAAGGAAAAACAGAAACAUGCAAAGUGUGGACAAAAGUGAGGAAACAUAUACGAAUACAUUACAAAAAUCUCCCCACGCAAACACACACACACACACACGUGUUACCCCAUCCCCGCAUGUAACAUCGAACGUGGAGGGGGAGGGAAGGUGUUGUGUGUUUGUGGUGGUUUCCAUCCAUGCUGUGUGAUAAAAAAAACACACGCCAACACACAAACAUACACUCACUAUUUCAUAAUAUUUUAUAUAUUUAUAACACAAAUUUGUAUCUGUUUAACCGAUUGCGCAAUUAAAAAGGCAAAAUAAAAGGAUAGAAAAAAACACAAGA